AUGGGCCUGUGUGUAAUUAUGUGCCUCACCUUAUAUAUAUGUGUAUAUAUAUAUACUGGAGAAGGCUUGGUAUUAUAUACCAGUCAAUUCUAUCUGCUACUGAGAAAAUGAGCCCGUGUGUACCAAAAAUUUGUGUGCUCCACAAGAUUUUAAUCGUAUGGAUGACAGUGGUGGCAACUUUGAGUUGUUUAGGUCACUCUAAAUGUGAAUUCGAGGGAAUUUUCAAUUUUGGAGAUUCGAACUCAGAUACAGGGGGAUUUUGGGCAGCUUUUCCGGCGCAAUCUGGACCCAAUGGCAUGACAUACUUCAAGAGACCUGUUGGUCGGGCUACAGAUGGGAGGCUCAUUGUUGAUUUUCUAGCUCAAGCUCUAGGGUUACCAUUUAUAAGUCCAUACCUGAAAUCAAUUGGAUCUGAUUAUAAACAUGGGGCAAACUAUGCAACACUAGCAUCCACUGUGCUUUUGCCAAACACUUCCUUGUUUGUCACUGGAAUCAGCCCAUUCUCUCUGGCCAUCCAGCUCAACCAAAUGAAGGCAUUCAAGACCCAAGUUGAAGAGUUUCACCACUCCUCGAAUCAACAAGAACUGAAGAGACUUCCCUCCCUGGAUAUUUUUGGGAAAUCACUCUACACAUUCUACAUUGGCCAAAACGAUUUCACCUCCAAUUUGGCAGCCAUUGGUGUAGGUGGUGUGAAGCAAUAUCUUCCUCAAGUGGUCUCUCAAAUUGCUGGUACCAUCAAGGAGCUAUAUGCAUUAGGAGGGCGUGCAUUUCUGGUACUUAAUCUGGCACCAGUGGGUUGUUAUCCAUCAUUGUUGGCGGGGCUUCCUCCUUCUGAACUCGACGCAUUUGGAUGCUCAAUUGCUUACAACAACGCAGUUGUGGACUACAACAAGUUGUUGAAGGAGGCACUUAACCAAACUAGAGGCUCCCUCCCAAAUGGUUCCCUAAUAUAUGUGGAUACCUCCUCUGUUUUGCUUGAGCUCUUUAGGCAUCCCACAUCUCAUGGCUUGAAGUAUGGUACAAAAUCAUGUUGUGGGCAUGGUGGUGGUGCCCAUAAUUUUGACCCUCAAGUUUUUUGUGGAAAUACAAAGGUGAUCAAUGGGAGACCUGUGACUGCAACUGCUUGUAGUGACCCUUACAACUAUGUGAGCUGGGAUGGAGUCCAUGCCACAGAAGCAGCAAACAAGCUAACAACAUUGGCUAUCCUCAACGGCACUUUCUCAGACCCUCCCUUUCCCUUUGAGCAGUUCUGUGACCUCCACAGUAUCGCCUGAGAAAUCCUUUUUCUUUCAAAGAUUGGAUUGGAUUGGAUUUUAAAGGUUGUGUUCUCUACCUACAAAUCUCAUUCUGCAAGAAUGUAAUAACUUUGUUUUCCAAAGUAUUUGGUUCAUAAGCUUUUGCCAAUUUA